GGAUUUUUAAUAUAUUUGAAAUCAAACUACAUAUUAUAUUCUUUUAUUCAUACCUACGAAAAAUGUCUUAUGACAAACAAAAUAUAUAAAGUUAUUUUCUACUUCGUGAGAAUCUGAAUCUUCUGUCAAUUGUUGUGUCUGAUAAUUUAGAACACAGCAACGUCAACAUAAGUUAGUAGUGCAAAUUAAAAAUGGACCAACAAUAAUUCGAUUUCAAGUAUUUAUUAAUUAUGAUAAUGCGUAAGUUAUUCCACAAUAUAACCUCGAGGCAAGGCAAAUUUAACCAAAUAUGUGCACGUUAUGGAAGUUCAGAAAAAGCAGUAGCAACAAAUACCCAAAAUAAAGUAAUUCUUCAAACUGUUACUACUACUGAAGAAUUGGAAAAUGGUAUUAUCGAUUGGAAUACGGAAUUAAAGAAAAUUAAACAAGAUGAAAACAGAUCCGUCCUUUUACCCCCAACACAAGAAGAUGACUUACAAAGCUUUACUCCCUAUCUGAAACAGUCUUUUAAUUUUGCUGCUUACGUCAAUAAAUCUAAAACAUUGCAGGAAUUAGUCAAGUUAGGAGUAGAUUUGAGUAAACUAGAAAAAAUGAAAAACGUUCCUGAUUAUAUUUUGCAACUAGAUUAUGAUAAAGAUAUUAAAAACAGAAUAAUUUAUUUGAAUGGCCUCGGUGUUCCCAUGGAAGAACUUGGAAAAUUUCUAACAAAAAACCCUGGAUUUUUAAAAGAAGAUAUUGAUGAUGUACAAACUAGAAUUUAUUAUAUGCAGUACAAACAAUUUACACCUGAAAUGAUUUCCAGAAUCAUAACAAAAAACCCUAUGUGGUUGAGUUACAGUACAAGAGAUAUCGAUCAAAGGCUAGGUUACUUUCAAAAAGAUUUUAAUCUCACAGGAAAUGAAGUACGUGCAUUGGCAAACGCACAGCCACGACUCAUAACAUAUAGUAUGAACUCAAUCAAAGAAAAUACUUUUACAAUUAAAGAAGAAAUGGGGUUUACAGAUGAUGAGAUGAAAAUUUUAUUAUUGAGGAAGCCGCGAAUAUGGAUGCAAAAUAGAUUUAAAUUACUAGCAAAAUUUGAUUAUAUUCACAAUACAAUGAAAAUAUCACAUAAACAUAUAUUAGAAAUGCCAGAAAUAUUUUAUGCAAGAGAGUUUAUAAUUAAGCAAAGGGAUUCGUUCUUGAGACAUUUAAAUCGCAAUCAAUAUGAUUGCACAAAACCUAACUACGUGUCUUUAAAAGCUUUGAUUGAAGGAACUAAUGAAGAAUUUUGCAUUAAUGUUGCUGGUACACCUGUUGAAACUUUUAAUUUAUACCUCAAAUCUUUAUAG